AUGGAUUCCGUCCGGCUUCCAACGGCUCCUUCGUCUCUCCGUACCCAAAUGUUAGGCCAAACCGUACCCCACCACCUUCACCACAUUCCACUACCUCCUUGUAAUCGCCACAACCUCCGAUCAAAACCGGUAAUCGGAAUCACUCGAUCCCGGAAUCACGUGUCUCCGGUGGCUGUUAUCUCCCGUGACGAAACGUCUAUGACUCACCCCCUUCCUCCGGCUUCUCCCUUGCCACGUCUCAAGGUCUCUCCGAACUCGCUGCAAUACCCGGCCGGUUACCUCGGUGCGGUCCCGGAGCGUACGAGCGAUCCCGAGAACGGAAGCAUCGCGGAGGCUAUGGAGUAUUUGACGAAUAUACUGUCCACGAAGGUUUACGACAUCGCCAUUGAGUCACCAUUGCAACUGGCCAAGAAGCUGUCGGAGAGGUUAGCGGGAAACCAUGCUCAAGGAGUUGCUUUAUCUGCUAGUAAACUCGGCUGCACCGCCGUUAUUGCUAUGCCUCGUACAACCCCCAGAAUCAAGUGGCAAGCUGUGGAGAAUUUGGGCGCGACGGUUGUUCUUAUUGGGGAUUCGUAUGAUGAAGCACAAGCAUAUGCUAAGAAACGAGCUGUAGAAGAAGGUCUGACGUUUAUACCUCCUUUUGAUCACCCUGAUAUUAUUGCCGGACAAGGUACUGUCGGGAUGGAGAUCACACGUCAAGCUAAAGGUCCAAUACAUGCUAUAUUUGUGCCUGUCGGUGGUGGUGGUUUAAUAGCUGGUAUUGCUGCUUAUGUGAAGAGGGUCUCUCCCGAGGUGAAGAUCAUUGGUGUGGAACCAGCUGAUGCAAAUGCUAUGGCGUUGUCGCUGCAUCACGGUGAGAGGGUGAUACUAGACCAGGUUGGGGGUUUUGCAGAUGGUGUAGCGGUUAGAGAAGUUGGCGAGGAGACUUUUCGUAUAAGCAGAAAGCUGAUGGAUGGUGUUGUCCUUGUCACUCGUGAUGCUAUUUGUGGAUCAAUAAAGGAUAUGUUUGAGGAGAAACGGAACAUAUUAGAACCAGCAGGGGCUCUUGCGCUCGCUGGAGCUGAAGCAUACUGUAAAUAUUAUGGGCUAAAGGAUGUGAAUGUUGUAGCCAUAACUAGUGGUGCAAACAUGGACUUUGACAAGCUAAGGAUUGUGACAGAACUCGCCAACGUCGGUAGACAACAGGAGGCUCUUCUUGCUACUCUCAUGCCGGAAAAAGCUGGAAGCUUUAAGCAAUUCUGCGAACUGGUUGGACCAAUGAACAUAACUGAGUUCAAAUAUAGAUGUAGCUCGGAAAAGGAAGCUGUUGUACUAUACAGUGUUGGAUUGCACACAGCAGGAGAGCUCAAAGCACUACAGAAGAGGAUGGAAUCUUCUCAACUUAGAACUUCCAAUCUCACAACCAGUGACUUAGUGAAAGAUCACCUGCGUUACUUGAUGGGUGGAAGAUCAACUGUGGAAGACGAGGUUUUAUGCCGAUUCACUUUCCCUGAGAGACCCGGUGCUCUGAUGAACUUCUUGGACUCUUUCAGUCCACGGUGGAACAUUAGCCUUUUCCAUUACCGUGCACAGGGUCAGACAGGGGCCAAUGUGCUGGUCGGAAUCCAAGUCCCGAAGCAAGAAAUGGAGGAAUUUCAAAACCAAGCUCAAGUUCUUGGAUACGAGUACUCGUUGGUAACUGAAGACGUCAAUUUUAAGCUUCUGAUGCACUUGUUUUAA